CGGAACGGCAGGAGGAAAGCUAACUUUGCCUUUUUUCGAUAUUUUAGCUUUGGAAGGUAAGUUCUGAAAGUCUCAAAAUCCAUUAGUGAUUAACUGAUGAUGCAUGCUUAUAUAAAUCAAAGUCUUCUUCACAAGGGGCAACAUUCAGAUCCUUUAGCGACCAACCAACUUAGUUCGUAGAUGUUGUUGAUGGUUUCCACGAAUGCGAUGAAAAUCACUGGACCAGUAAUUUCCUACCUAAUUUUGAAGCGCUGUGGGCAAAGGGAGGGCAGAAAAGGAUUGGCUUUAGUAGGGCUAUCUGUUUAAUUAUACUACUUCAGGUAAUGAACAUUUGAAAAUGAGCAGACUGAUUUUAUAGUCUGCUGGUGAAGUAACUUGAUUAUAAACCUCAAAUAAGACGGCAGCUUUUUUAGCUGACACUAUUUCAGGCUGGGCUGUUGAGAUCGCAAGUUAGAAAGUUGCGAUCUCAAGUUACUAAGUUGUCCCUUGAGGGUCACCGUAAUUUAUUUUGUAUCAGGGGCACCCAACGAGAAUAUAGUUCAAAACCACUUAAACCUAGCAUUGUUGAACGUAUUUUAGUAUUUAAACGGUAGAUAUAGGCAUAUUUUUAUCCCCUAAAAAUUUUUCAUCUGUUCGGAUUUCCUAGCUGAAAGUCUAGUCAUCCGAAAAUUAUAGGGAUGAAAACUUACCUUUUCGAAAAUUUCAGCCAGAAAAAAGGCUCCCGAAAAUUCUAGGUAAAAAUCCGUUAAAAAUGGGCAAUUAUACCAUUUUUGGGAGGUUCGAAAAUCCUAGGAGAGGCAUGAAAGCAAGAAAUUUAACCACAAAUGUUCCGAAAAUUCUAGAUCUCAGAUCGUCUUCCGAAAAUUGUCGUUGGGUGUCCCUGUUUGAAUAUCAACUAAUUUGUUUCGAUUUUGUGUAUCCUUGAAAAAAACGUAGAAGCCCUUGAUUUUCAUUUUUGCCAUUGAACGCGUAGUCAGCCGGUCCAGAAACAAUCUGAAACACCAUUUAACGUUGAAAUUGAAAAUGCAAAUAUAUUUCCUAAAUAAUAAUGGACAGCCGUUGAAGUAGAAUGCUGGAAACUUUAAUAUGAAGUAGAAAUCCUGAUUCGCGUGGAAAGCCACGUUCCGUUUGCGAAACUCCUAACAGUUUGAAGGUAAGUUAGCUAGUCAAUUGAAGCAAAAAGUUUCCCCGAAUUUUUGAGAUAAGAUAACUUAUCUAAAAAAAUCCCCGACUUUUUGAGAUAAGAUAAACGUUUUGCUUCAAUUGACUAACUAACUUGCUUUCAAACUGUUAGUCAGAAAUUCCUUCCCGGAACUCUACGGUAAAAUAGAUUGCAUUCUUUGUUGAAGAUUGAGUUUGUGUCUUUCAUGUAUUUGAUAGAAUGUUAGCUAUUUACUAUGAGUUUGUGAAAAAAAUGUGGCAAAAAUAUGUUGUUUACUUGAGAACGUAGUUUCGAUCCGGAAAUGGCCUUGCCCCGGUCAAGUUCUGGAAAGAGCAACUAUUUAGGCUAUAUUUACACACAUACCGGACAGCUCUUACGCCGGGAAUUAAAACCAUACCGGAUUGGACUUCUCUUCACACGUAAUUACGGUGAUUUGGGGGUGAUUUCUGUAGCGGAGCAAAGCUGAACCGCGCCGAUCUCGAAAGUGGAGCGCCACGUAUCAGACUUGGACAGGUAUUUGGAUGGAAAUGAAAAGGGAGGAGCGAGGACUAGAACCGACUGGGACGGAAGUGAUAUUCGGGAGUGAAGACUGGGAUUUUUUUUUUUAAAGUUCCCAUUUUCGAUAGCUUGCGAACCGCAGACGUAUCUCUCUCAAGAUGGUCUUUGUGAAGCUCUCGGUGAAGCUUUGCUCGCAGGUUCACCUUACAUUUGCCCUCUCGCCAAACAGUUCGCUAAGCUUUGAACUUGACUGCGAAAGUCUCAAAGUUCCUUUUUUCGUCGUCCGAGUCUUCUUUAUCCUUACCCGAAAUCUAGACCUUCAAAAAGUCGUGUGUUGCAUUAAGACUUACGAUAAAAGUAAAGGUGGGGAUACCAGAGAGCUUCAAAGUAGGAUGGUACCCCCCCAAAAAAACUGGGUCGAGUCACCUUAAACAGAAGGAAAUAUUAAUGUGAAAAGCUCUACAGUGUAAAGGGAAGCUGCAAAGAUAAAAAAAAAAGGCUUGAGGGAAACACGCAACUCCCUCUGGGUUACUGGGUUGAUAAUUAACAGUGUUCGUUUUUCUGCAUAGACGACCGAAGGCGAAAUCUCUAUACUGGGCGCAUUUUUCCUUUUUCUUAAAUCCCAAUCAAAUAUUACAAUUUCAACAUUACACAAUUGUAUAAAUAUUUAAACUUACGAACAAUUAAAAAAUAAUAAUAACAUAUAAGAAAAAUAAUAAAUUGGAAUGUCCUUUCUGAAUAAAUAUUGCUGUCUGUUACUUCUGUAAUGGCAGUCUUUUCGAGCACGAAGCGGCUCUUUAGUUAUGUAGAAAUGCAGAUCGGCGAGUGUUUAAAUCCGCCAAGUCUAUAUAAUUCUUCCCGUCUUCAUAACUGUUUCGGCCUGUUCCUCGAAUGUUUCAGGUUUUAAAUGGGUUUUACUCUAGCAAAAGUUCUUCAAAUAGCAGUUUUCAUCCACUGAGAGGUAUUUUUGCUAAUCUUUUUUUUAGGCAGAAGUUCGGCGAUUUCCUCUUCGUACAACGCUAAAAUCUUCCUUCAUUUCUUCAGCUCUGCCAAAACAGCUGAGGUAACGCGCCUUCUGCCGGCUGCUCUUUUUUCUGUUGAUAUUUGUACUACUGACGUCAAUUGUAUUGAUAUUAGGGACUUUAAGUUCCAACGACGCGACGGCGACAAGAACGUCGCUUAAAAAGUCAAUUUGCGUUCUUAAAGUGUUUAUAGCGAUUAUUCCUACCCACUUACUUUGUCAAUUGUAGGCGAACCCUCCUGGAGUUGAAUUUCAAGGGACCAUAUUCAAGCUCAGAAAGAGAAAUAAAAUUUCGUCGUUGCUUGUUUACGUUCUCCAUAAAACGCGAAAUUAGGCAUUUUCACGUCCUAGUCGUGCAAAAACGGGAAAGAAAUGUACAAAAAAGUGUGAUGCACGUGCGAAGUUGUUGUUUUGCUAAUUAAACCUAUUGUUUUUUUGACGUUCUCGUUGUCGUCCGCGUCGUUGGAUCUUAAAGUCCCUAUUGGUUACCAUCUUCCAAAUUUGGUCCGGGUAGCCGGAUAUGAAGAAUUAGUUGUGUUAUUUAGGCUUACCAUAAACGGAGAAAUUUUUAAAAAAAUAAUUCUGAAUAUAUACGAUAGAAUGAUAACAAGAGAUUUGUGUUAAUAGGUGCUUCAAUCAUGGCCUACAGUGACGACGUCUUAAGGUACAAUAGUUAUGGAAAAGAGUAUGAAGUUCCCAGGAGACGUGUGUUCAACCUUUCUGAACUUCAAAGAGCAGAUCACAUUGCUUUCUAUCGGCUCCAAGGUAUUUAUUGUCAUCACGCUAUAGUAAAACAUGUCGAUGAAGAGAGCGGUGAAAUCAAAACUAUCGAGUACAGCAGAACUCCUUCAGGAAAAUUUCAGGUGAUGGAAAAAACGCACCGAUUUCAAGAAGUUACUGUAUACCUGAUGCUACACGAAAGUUUCGAUCGCGAUCUUGUUCUCUCGAAAGCGCAAAGUAAGAUUGGAGAGGAACAAUACAACCUAUUUACCAAUAACUGUGAAAACUUUGCCAUGUGGUGUAUCACAGGAAGAUCAUCGUGCGACCAAAUUAACAAAGGCUUAGAGAUGGUCAACGAAGAGGUCGGACAACAGCUUGUAAGUAAAGCAGCUGCCCGAGCGGAGGCAAAAAUUGCAGGCUGUAGCGCAUCACACACAGGACGAGUAAUUAUGAGAACAGGGAUGACCCACUCGAUGGCAAAAAACGGGCUUACCACGAUGGCUUCGGGUGCUGGAACUGGAGUUGGAGGAAUUCUAGCUGGAGGAGCACUUGCUGUGGCUUUUGAGUGUGCGUCAAUGGUAUAUGAUAUUGGAAAAGUGCAGGGCGAUUUGAAAACAGGAAGAAUCGACCAAAAAGGAUACGACAAAACUGUGGGGAAGAGAGUUGUGACUGGCGCCAGCCGUGUAGCAGGGUCUACUGUUGGAAUGGCCGCCGGACAAGCUCUCAUUCCCGUUCCAGCUGUGGGAGCUGCUAUAGGAGGUGUGGCAGGUGCACUUGUAGGACGAUUUCUUGGAAAUCUUACCGGAAAUAUAGUUUAUGUCAACGAUUGUGAAGAUGGUGUUGAUUAUUAUGAAGCCAAAGACACUUAAAAAAUCAGCGAAGAGGAUCUUGGUGGUGAUGGUGCUGAUUAUUAUUAUUAUUAUUAUUAUUAUUAUUAUUAUGCCGAUGACACUGACGAAGACGACGAAGUUGCUCUUGUGGGUGAUGGUCUUAUUAUGGUGAUUACUCUGCCGAUGACACUUACGAAAUCAGCGAAGAAGAUCUUGGUGAUGAUGGUGCUGCUGAUUACUGUUAUAUAUAUUCUGCUGACGACACUGACGAAGACAGCGAAGGCGGUCUUGGCGGUUAUGGUAACUAUAGGUACUACAGGUAAUUAAGAAAUAGUUGGCUAAAAAAAAUUCCGACGACAUAUAAAAUUGGACAAGGCCGUAGGCUGAGUCCAAUAAAUAAAUUAAUAGACAAGGCCUCACGCUGAGUUCAC